AUUCCUACUGGGUACUUUUUUUAGCGCAUCCCAAGCCUCGACUUUCCUCUGCCCCACCUAUAACUUUAAGCAUUACUACCCACUGUACCUUCCAUUUGAAGUUCUAUUAGGGGAUUGACCGGGAUUUAGUAACGCUAGAGAGGACCCUGCACGCCCUGUACCUGUCUAAAUCGCAUCCACUUACACUUGAAGUGUCAAGACGCGUAUUCUCAUAUCAUAUCUCAUGAAAACUAAGAGACUUACUACUUAGGCAGUGAGCAAAAGUCGCAUCUAAUCAUGGCCGUCGAUGAACCUGUUAAAGAGGUAUACGAAGAGAAACAGCACCAGGCCGCCUAUAUUUUCGACCCCUUAGAAGAAGCCGAUGGCGCAAGCAGACCUGCUAAACGGAGAAAAGUUUCCAAGAAACCAAAUGAAUUAAAAAACCAAGAUAUCAAUGCUUGGUUAACCUUCCAGCCACUUUUUAAUGGUUCCGAAGAUGAACGCUAUGUCCGUCUUCGCCAGCAGCUCUUUGAGAAGUCUUGGUCUCAAAUCGAUGAGAGGAUCCAACGAAUACUUAGAAAAACAAUUCAGUCCACUCUAGACGAAGUCAUUUCCUUCCUUGGCACAACACCUGAUCAUGCAUCCAUUGGCAAAAUCCCUUCCGGCUUCAUUAUCACGGGUCCAAAUUUGGCUACCCAGGACCUGUUAUUUGAACAGCUCACGGAAGCAUUGCAGCUUCGGAUGGAUGCUAAGGUAGUACGGCUCAGGUCCGGUGAUGCGUCUAAUUUGAAAAUGGUCUUGAAAAAGAUCAUACAUGACACUACAGCAAGGGAGACAGACGAUGAAAACGAUUUAGAAUUGGCAACUGGCAAAGAUGGUCGCAAAUAUCUUAAUUACGAUCUCGAGGGUCUUUAUGCCCAUCUCAAGGCUAACCCCCGUCGUCAUAUCAUUGUCGCAUUUCAAGACAGUGAAGCCUUUGAAAGCGGUCUAUUGUCAGAUUUAAUUUCACUUUUUAGCUCGUGGCUUGAUCGAAUCCCAUUCGCAUUGCUUUUUGGGGUGGCCACCUCGGUCGAGCUAUUCCAGGCACGGCUUUUAAAAUCAACUUGCCAGUGUCUUUACGGUGAUCAAUUCGACGUUGAGCAAUCGACCUCAAUCAUCGAAAAGAUUUUUAAAGCAUCCAUUGCGCACUCGGAAGUUCCAUUACGGUUAGGCUCUUCCCUCAUACAUAGUCUACUAGAUCGUCAACGAGACCAAGUAUCGAGCAUUCCGGUCUUUGUGAGUUCCUUGAAGUAUGCUUAUAUGUACCACUUCUACGCAAAUCCCUUAACAAUCUUUUUAUCCUACGAAAUAGAAAGCAACACGAUUCAGGGAGAGCACUUAGAAGCAGUACGAUGCCUGCCAUCUUUUCGUCGAUUCGUAGAAUCAAAUAUUGAGAAGGGUGAAAUUAGCCAGGCCCGGCUACUUCUUGACGACGAUCAACACCUCAGUGAAGCUUUACAAAGUUGCUCCCGAGAUUCUCAACAAUGGUCAUUGGACGUUUUACGCAAACUAAAAAUUCUCACCGCUAGUAAGGUAUUAUCUGCCGAUUUCACAGGACUCUAUUUAGAUGCCAUUUCGCGUGGGAUAGAUCCCGAUCAGAUCGCAGAAUUUACGGAACAGGUCAAGCGAAUGCAACCUGCUGAUACUGAAUCGUUUAUAAAACAAGCGCUAGAUGAUAUCAAGAAUGGCGACCUCAGCCUUGGUUUAGAUUCAUGGAUUGAUGAAGCCAAGGAAUCGGUUUCUUUGUUCGAUAGCAUUCUAACAAGGGUUAAGUCCUUACAAGCCGAAGCUGAAGAACAGGGAAAUGUUCUCCGGAGCAAAUACAGCGGGCAAACAAAGGUCUUGCGAGCUACCGUUGUCGCUCAAAAGGUUCAGCUUAGCCAAGACACAGCGACUCUAACAGAGGAAGACAAACUGUAUACCGACUUAAUGGACGAUCUUGCAAAACACCUAAAGGAGAUACUUCUGUGUAACGGCGCAAAGGAUCAGUGCUUCAAUGAGCUUUGGUUCUUUGAUUCAAGGGUACCGUAUAGAGAUGUGUUUAUUCCACGACCACGGGGAGUAGUUGAACGAGCAUUAUCACGCCCUCAUGAUUAUCUCAAUUGCUCCUGUUGCGAAACCAAAGAAGACCAAAUCAAACCAUCUUUCCCAACAACAGCUAUUUUAUAUCAACUUUACCUUGAGACCGGGUCCCUCAUCAAUGUCGCAGAUCUUUGGUCUGCUUAUUACGCCAUUGUUGGCGAAGAAAAUGAAGAUGGGUUAGACGAGCGGUCCGCGCUUGUCUUAUUUUAUCGCGGGAUGGCUGAAAUGAAGACCAUGGGCUUUGUGAAGCAAAGCAGGAAAAAGGCCGAUCACAUCGCCAAACUUGCUUGGAAGGGACUUUGAAGGGAGAAAUGGUGUACAAACCAUAGUGACUGGGAAAGAGUCAUAAAAAUAGCCUUGAGUUUGUCUAGGAAUACGCUGGGCAAAUCGGGAUGGUAC